AUGGAAGUUCAUUAUAUGGAGAAAAAUCCUGUUGAAACCAGUGUGCAGCAGCAUCUAAACAACAUCACCAAAAGCAAUCAGCCCUACCUUCUCGCCCAGGGAUCCAUACAGAGCACCAUUCACUCCUACUUUAUUGUGUUUGACAAGCAUGCACUUCCAUGCAAGGCAACAGGUUCAGUUGGAGAUUUUGUCGAACUCUUUAAAGCCCAUUACGUCUGUGUAUUCACUGGAGAGAGAGUGAAUCUGACGUGUGUGAUUGAGUCUAAUCACAGUGACUGGAGAUAUGAGUGGAAUAAAAACAGAACUAAAGUGUCUCAGCCCUACAUUGUAAAAGAAAACACUCUCACUAUUGAAGGAUCUGAAUCAUCUGAUGAGGGUCAGUACACGUGUAGAGGACGGAGAGGUGGAAGACCAAAAUCAUCACAAUCAAGCUCUGCUGUUUCUCUCUCUGUGAAGGGUUUACCAACAUCUACUCUGACUGUGACUCCAGGCAAUACAGUAUUCACUGGAGAAGAAGUGAGACUGAAGUGUGUGAUUGAGUCUAACAGAGACUGGAGAUAUGAUUGGUAUAAAGACAGUGUAAAGUUACAGUCGUCUGAGCGUUACACUGUAAACACAGACACUCUCACUAUCAGAGCAGUAACUACAUCUGAUGAGGGUCAGUACACGUGUAGAGGACAGAGAAAUGGAAGACCAAACUCAUCACAAUCAAGCUCUGCUGUUUCUCUCUCAGUGAAGGGUUUACCAACAUCUACUCUGACUGUGACUCCAGGCAAUACAGUAUUCACUGGAGAAGAAGUGAGACUGACGUGUGUGAUUGAGUCUAACAGUGUCUGGAGACAGAGAAAUGGCCUGACAUAUGACCAGAGAUAUUACUGGACAUAUGACUGGACACCUGUCUGGAAAUAUGAGUGGUAUAAAGGCAGUGUAAAGUUACCGUCGUCUGAUCGUUACACUGUAAACACAGACACUCUCACUAUCAGAGCAGUAACUACAUCUGAUGAGGGUCAGUACACGUGUAGAGGACAGAGAAAUGGAAGACCAAACUCAUCACAAUCAAGCUCUGCUGUUUCUCUCUCAGUGAAGGAUUUACCAACAUCUACUCUGACUGUGACUCCAGGCAAUACAGUAUUCACUGGAGAAGAAGUGAGACUGACGUGUGUGAUUGAGUCUAACAGUGUCUGGAGACAGAGAAAUGGCCUGACAUAUGACCAGAGAUAUUACUGGACAUAUGACUGGACACCUGUCUGGAAAUAUGAGUGGUAUAAAGGCAGUGUAAAGUUACAGUCGUCUGAUCGUUACACUGUAAACACAGACACUCUCACUAUCAGAGCAGUAACUACAUCUGAUGAGGGUCAGUACACGUGUAGAGGACAGAGAAAUGGAAGACCAAACUCAUCACAAUCAAGCUCUGCUGUUUCUCUCUCAGUGAAGGCUUUACCCAGAUCUACUCUGACUGUGACUCCAGACAAUACAGUAUUCACUGGAGAGAGAGUGAGACUGACGUGUGUGAUUGAGUCUGAUCACAGAGACUGGAGAUAUGAGUGGAAUAAAGGCAGUGUAAAGUUACAGUCGUCUGAUCUUUACACUGUAAAGAGAAACACUCUCACUAUUGAAGGAUCUGAAUCAUCUGAUGAGGGUCAGUACACGUGUAGAGGACACAUAGAAGGAAGAUCAGUCUCAUCACAAUCAAGCUCUGUUUCUCUCUCAGUGAAGGCUUUACCCAGAUCUACUCUGACUGUGACUCCAGACAAUACAGUAUUCACUGGAGAGAGAGUGAAUCUGAAGUGUGUGAUUGAGUCUUACAGUGUCUGGAGACAGAGACAUAGCCUGACAGACCAGAGAUAUUACUGGACAUAUUACUGGACACCUGUCUGGAGAUAUGAGUGGAAUAAAGACAGAGUAAUGUUACAGUGGUCUGAUCGUUACACUGUAAACACAGACACUCUCACUAUCAGAGCAGUAACUACAUCUGAUGAGGGUCAGUACACGUGUAGAGGACAGAGAGAUGAAAGACCAAACUCAUCACAAUCAAGCUCUGUUUCUCUCUCUGUGACGGAUCUGAAGCCAAAGCCUGAACUCAGAUCAGAUCCUGCAGGAGCUGCACUGACAGGAAACACAGUGACUUUGACCUGUCGUGUGAAUCUGUCUCCUGGAUGGGACUUUUACUGGUACAAACACACACUGAACUCUGAGACAAAGACAGAAACAAACUCCUACAGAGUGAAGAUUGAUUCAGUGUCUGAUGGAGGUCAGUACUGGUGUAGAGCUGGAAGAGGAAUACCAGUCUACUACACACAAUACAGUGAUGCACUGUGGGUAAAUGUUACAGUGAGUCCUAAAGCUGUGGUGACGGUUCGACCGGAUGAACAAGUGUUCAGAAGAGAAACAGUCUCUCUCAGAUGUGAUAUAAAGUGGGGAGGAGACACUGAGUGGACGUACAGAUGGGAAACAGAGGGAACAAACUACCAAUAUAACUCAAUCUCAACACAAGAGCUGAACAUCAGCAGUGUUAAAUACAUUCACCGUGGUAAAUACACCUGUACAGGACUGAUGGGAACACAACGCUCUCAGCGCAGUGAUGCUGUUACACUGAAUGUAUCAGCUGAAGCUCAGGCAGCAGUGCGAGUGUCUCCACAGCCGUGGCUGACUGAAGGAGACUCAGUGACUCUGAUCUGUGAGGUUACAGUCUCCUCUACAGGCUGGACGUUCAGCUGGUUCAGAGAUGAUGAUCAUCUGUCCGACAGCAGCAGAGGAGCUGGAGGCUCUUACACUCUCAGUCCUGCUGCUCGACAGCACACAGGAGUUUAUACGUGCAGAGCAGAGAGAGGACGACCGGCCUAUAACACAAAGACCAGUAACACACAGCCCCUGUGGAUCACUGGUGUUUCUCCUUCAGUGUCUCUGGUGGUCCGUCCCAGCAGAAGUCAACACUUCUCAUCUGACUCUCUCUCUCUGAGCUGUGAGGAUCAGACGAACUCUUCUGGAUGGACAGUGAGAAGAUACACAGACAGAAACACAGAAGAUUGUUCAACACUAACCGGAUCUACAUGUCGACUCGUGUCUCUCAGCACAUCUGACUCUGGAGUUUACUGGUGUGAGUCUGAAUCUGGAGAGAAACACCAUCCUCUGAACAUCACUGUACACGAUGGUGAUGUGAUUCUGGAGAGUUCUGUUGAUCCUGUGAUUGAGGGACAGACUCUGACUCUACACUGUUUACAUCGAUCUACAAACUCCCCGAUCCUCAGAGCUGAUUUCUAUAAAGAUGGAUCACUCGUCCAGAAUCAGACGACAGGAGAGAUGAUCAUCACGACUGUCUCAGAGUCAGACGAGGGUUUCUACUACUGUAAAACAGAGAGAGGACAGUCACCGCACAGCUGGAUCUCAGUCAGAGUGCUGAUGUCCUUCAUCCACUCUGGACUCACUCAAGCUUUACCCAGAUCUACUCUGACUGUGACUCCAGACAAAACAGUAUUCACUGGAGAGAGAGUGAGACUGACGUGUGUGAUUGAGUCUAACAGAGACUGGAGACAGAGAAAUGGCCUGACAUAUGACUGGAGAUAUGAUUGGACAUAUUACUGGACACCUGACUGGAGAUAUGUGUGGUAUAAAGACAGUGUAAAGUUACAGUCGUCUGAUCGUCACACUGUAAACACAGACACUCUCACUAUCAGAGCAGUAACUACAUCUGAUGAGGGUCAGUACACGUGUAGAGGACACAUAGAAGGAAGAUCAGUCUCAUCACAAUCAAGCUCUGUUUCUCUCUCAGUGAAGGAUUUCCCCAGAUCUACUCUGACUGUGACUCCAGACAAUACAGUAUUCACUGGAGAGAGAGUGAUUCUGAAGUGUGUGAUUGAGUCUAACAGAGACUGGAGAUAUGAGUGGAAUAAAGACAGUGUAAAGUUACAGUCGUCUCAGCGUUACACUGUAGACAGAAACACUCUCACUAUUGAAGGAUCUGAAUCAUCUGAUGAGGGUCAGUACACGUGUAGAGGACACAUAGAAGGAAGAUCAGUCUCAUCACAAUCAAGCUCUGCUGUUUCUCUCUCAGUGAAGGCCUUCCCCAGAUCUACUCUGACUGUGACUCCAGACAAUACAGUAUUCACUGGAGAGAGAGUGAGACUGAAGUGUGUGAUUGAGUCUAACAGUGUCUGGAGAUAUGUGUGGUAUAAAGACAGUGUAAAGUUAGAGUCGUCUGAGCGUUACACUGUAAACACAGACACUCUCACUAUCAGAGCAGUAACUACAUCUGAUGAGGGUCAGUACACGUGUAGAGGACAGAGAGAUGAAAGACCAAACUCAUCACAAUCAAGCUCUGUUUCUCUCUCAGUGAAGGACUUACCCAAAACUGAACUGACUGUAGAUCCAAAGAGUCCUGUCUUCACUGGAGAGACGGUCAAUCUGAAGUGUGUGAUUGAGUCUAAUCAUACUGACUGGAGAUAUGAGUGGAAUAAAGACAGUGUAAAGUUACAGUCGUCUCAGCGUUACACUGUAAACACAGACACUCUCACUAUCAGAGCAGUAACUACAUCUGAUGAGGGUCAGUACACGUGUAGAGGACAGAGAGAUAAAAGACCAAACUCAUCACAAUCAAGCUCUGCUGUUUCUCUCUCUGUGAAGGAUUCACCCAGAUCUACUCUGACUGUGACUCCAGACAAUACAGUAUUCACUGGAGAGAGAGUGAUUCUGACGUGUGUGAUAACACCUUAUUACAAUAACUGGAGAUAUGAGUGGUGGAAAGGAAACUCAAACAUUCAACCGUCUCAGCGUUACACUGUAAAAGAAAACACUCUCACUAUUGAAGGAUCUGAAUCAUCUGAUGCGGGUCAGUACAAGUGUAGAGGACACACAACUGGAGGAUCAGUCUCAUCAGAAUCAAACUCUGUUUCUCUCUCAGUGAAGGACUUACCCAAACCCCAGCUGACUGUAGAUCCAGAGAGUCCUGUCUUCACUGGAGAGACGGUCAAUCUGAAGUGUGUGAUUGAGUCUUACAGUUACUGGACAUAUGAGUGGUGGAAAGACACAGACAGAGUAAAGUUACAGUCGUCUGAUCGUUACACUGUAAACACACACACACUCACUAUCAGUGGAGCUACUAAAUCUGAUGCGGGUCAGUUCUGGUGUAAAGGACAGAGACAUGGAAGUCCUUCAUCCUCACAGGAGAGCAACCGGAUUGAUCUCGCUGUAAAUGAUUUACCCAGAUCUACUCUGACUGUGACUCCAGACAAUACAGUAUUCACUGGAGAGAGAGUGAGACUGAAGUGUGUGAUUGAGUCUGAUCACAGUGACUGGAGAUAUGAGUGGAAUAAAGACAGUGUAAAGUUACAGUCGUCUCAGCGUCACACUGUAGACAGAAACACUCUCACUAUUGAAGGAUCUGAAUCAUCUGAUGAGGGUCAGUACACAUGUAGAGGAAAGAGAGAUGAAAGACCAAACUCAUCACAAUCAAGCUCUGCUGUUUCUCUCUCAGUGAAGGACUUACCCAAACCUGAACUGAGUGUGACUCCAGACAGAUCUGUAUUCACUGGAGAGACGGUCAAUCUGAAGUGUGUGAUUGAGUCUUACAGUUACUGGACAUAUGAGUGGUGGAAAGGCACAGACAGAGUAAAGUUGUCUUGGCGUUACACUGUAAACACACACACACUCACUAUCAGUGGAGCUACUAAAUCUGAUGCGGGUCAGUUCUGGUGUAAAGGACAGAGACAUGGAAGUCCUUCAUCCUCACAGGAGAGCAACCGGAUUGAUCUCGCUGUAAAUGAUUUCCCCAGAUCUACUCUGACUGUGACUCCAGACAAUACAGUAUUCACUGGAGAGAGAGUGAUUCUGAAGUGUGUGAUUGAGUCUGAUCACAGUGACUGGAGAUAUGAGUGGUAUAAAGACAGUGUAAAGUUACAGUCGUCUCAGCGUCACACUGUAGACAGAAACACUCUCACUAUUGAAGGAUCUGAAUCAUCUGAUGAGGGUCAGUACACGUGUAGAGGAAAGAGAGAUGAAAGACCAAAAUCAUCACAAUCAAGCUCUGCUGUUUCUCUCUCAGUGAAGGAUUCACCCAGAUCUGCUCUGACUGUGACUCCAGACAAUACAGUAUUCACUGGAGAGAGAGUGAUUCUGACGUGUGAGAUUGAGUCUUACAGUGUCUGGAGACAGAGAAAUUACCUGACACAUGACUGGAGAUAUGAGUGGUAUAAAGACAGAGUAAAGUUACAGUGGUCUGAUCGUUACACUGUAAACACAGACACUCUCACUAUCAGAGCAGUAACUACAUCUGAUGAGGGUCUGUACACGUGUAGAGGACAGAGAGAUACAAGACCAAACUCAUCACAAUCAAGCUCUGCUGUUUCUCUCUCUGUGAAGGAUCUGAAGCCAAAGCCUGAACUCAGAUCAGAUCCUGCAGGAGCUGCACUGACAGGAAACACAGUGACUUUGACCUGUCGUGUGAAUCUGUCUCCUGGAUGGGACUUUUACUGGUACAAACACACACAGUACUCUGAGACAAAGACAGAAACAAACUCCUACAGAGUGAAGAUUGAUUCAGUGUCUGAUGGAGGUCAGUACAGGUGUAGAGCUGGAAGAGGAAUACCAGUCUACUACACACAAUACAGUGAUGCACUGUGGGUAAAUGUUACAGUGAGUCCUAAAGCUGUGGUGACGGUUCGACCGGAUGAACGAGUGUUCAGAGGAGAAACAGUCUCUCUCAGAUGUGAUAUAAAGUGGAGAGGAGACACUGAGUGGACGUACAGAUGGGAAACAGAGGGAACAAACUACCAAUAUAACUCAAUCUCAACACAAGAGCUGAACAUCAGCAGUGUUAAAUACUCUUACCGUGGUAAAUACACCUGUACAGGACUGAUGGGAACACAACGCUCUCAGCGCAGUGAUGCUGUUACACUGAAUGUAUCAGCUGAAGCUCAGGCAGCAGUGCGAGUGUCUCCACAGCCGUGGCUGACUGAAGGAGACUCAGUGACUCUGAUCUGUGAGGUUACAGGCUCCUCUACAGGCUGGACGUUCAGCUGGUUCAGAGAUGAUCAUAACCUGUCUGACAGCAGCAGAGGAGCUGGAGGCUCUUACACUCUCAGUCCUGCUGCUCGACAGCACACAGGAGUUUAUACGUGCAGAGCAGAGAGAGGACGACCGGCCUAUUACACAAAGACCAGUAACACACAGCCCCUGUGGAUCACUGGUGUUUCUCCUUCAGUGUCUCUGGUGGUCCGUCCCAGCAGAAGUCAACACUUCUCAUCUGACUCUCUCUCUCUGAGCUGUGAGGAUCAGAGGAACUCUUCUGGAUGGACAGUGAGAAGAUACACAGACAGAAACACAGAAGAUUGUUCAACACUAACAGGAUCUACAUGUCGACUCGUGUCUCUCAGCACAUCUGACUCUGGAGUUUACUGGUGUCAGUCUGAAUCUGGAGAGAAACGCCAUCCUCUGAACAUCACUGUACACUAUGGCGAUGUGAUUCUGGAGAGUUCUGUUGAUCCUGUGAUCGAGGGACAUACUCUGACUCUACACUGUUUACAUCGAUCUACAAACUCCCCGAUCCUCAGAGCUGAUUUCUAUAAAGACGGAUCACUCGUCCAGAAUCAGACGACAGAGAUGAUCAUCACGACUGUCUCAGAGUCAGACGAGGGUUUCUACUACUGUAAAACAGAGAGAGGACAGUCACCUCACAGCUGGAUCUCAGUCAGAGUCUCAGCAGCUUCAUCUUCUCUUCUGGUCACUGGUGUGGUUGUGGGAUCGAGUGUUUGUCUGUUGUUCUUCCUCUCACUGCUGCUGAUGUGGAGAUACAAGAAGAACAAAGAUCAGCAGCGUAACAUUAACCAGACAUCAGUCCCAAAUCAAUCUGCUCAAUCUCACCUGGAGAACUCUCCUCUACAGUCUGCAGAUUCUGAUCACAUUUAUAACAACGAGACUGAAGUGAAUAAGAGAGACAAAGAUGAUUCAGAUCCCUUGACAGAUGUCACAUAUUCAGAGGUCACUGUUAAGAAAAAGAUGGACAAAGCUAAAGCAGAGUCAAAUAAUGUGACGUACUCAGAAGUCGGAAAAAGAGGAAAGAAAUGCGAAAGUAAAGAUAUUAAUCCUGCAGGAGCCAGUGAUUUGACUUACGCACAGAUCAAUAUACAGGACAAGAAGAAAACCAAAGGCAAAGGGAAGAGCAGUGAGUCUGGAGACACUUUGUACUCUGAACUGAAGCAGAACACGGAUAGAGAUGCUGAUACUGGAGUUGGUGACAAAACUUCUGCUCUAGCUUUUUGGAAAAAGGGUCAGAAGAAGAUUAAUAAAACAUGUCCCUGAGUUCAGAGAAGACACCAGACGACUAAAAGAGAUUCACAGCAGCAGACACAGUAACGCUUGCAUUGCUUCAGAAAUGAUAAUGAGUGAACUGAUUAUGAACAUGCUUGACUGAAAUACUUUACAGAUAUUAUCAUAUUAUCUGUACACGGAUCUAUCUGUAAUACAUAUUCAAUCAUUUUCCAUUGCUUUAAGUGAAACUGCUCUUCAAGUUAUUACAUUAUUAGAUGAUUCGUCUGAUGCUGUACAGUAAUUAAACAGUAAUCGUGCACUUGUCUGAUAGUUAAAUAUAACAUGUUCUGUCUUAUUAAAUAAUGCCUGUGUUUUUGCCAAGACUGUGUGACUAGCGUGAUUUCUCUUGCAUAUACAGUAUAUUCAUAAAUACUGCUUUUUACAUUAAAGGGGGGGUGAAAUGCUAUUUCAUGCAUGAUUUGCACAUCGUUUAUUUCUUAAGGAUAAUGCAGUCCCAACGAAAAAGGGUCACGAUCGUGUGUUGGAACCGCAGGCGGUGAGUAAAACUGCUUCAAAUAUCUCUGUGUUAUUAACUUAGCUAUCGGCGUGUAAGCACAUCAAGUAAACAGCAUGCGAUGUUGUCAUCAAACUGCACUUUCCACAUGUACAGCUUAAAAAAAAA